UAUAUUAACUUUUGUUUUUUAAAAUAUCAAAACAGGCCCCACAAAAAAAAAAAAUCUCCAUAAUCAACUUAGUUCGUUAGCUUAGCUUCGGCGUCAUCGAUCGAAAGGGGAUCUUCCGAUGAAGCCCUAAUUCCCAAUUUCACGAGCAACAUCCACCCUCGAUUGCUCUCUUUCCGAGUUGGCGACACAGCAGCAGAUUCAAGAAAAGAAAUAGAAGGUGAGUUGCAACUAUCUGAAUUGGAGGGAUGGUGCUAGUACUAGCAUUAGGUGAUUUACACAUACCACACAGGGCACCGGAUCUGCCUGCAAAGUUUAAAUCAAUGCUCGUUCCAGGAAAGAUCCAGCACGUCAUUUGUACGGGCAACUUAUGUAUCAAAGAGGUUCAUGACUACUUGAAAAGUGUUUGUCCAGACUUACACAUUACUCGUGGUGAAUAUGAUGAGGACUCACGUUAUCCAGAUACCAAAACAUUAACAAUUGGCCAGUUUAAGCUUGGUGUAUGCCAUGGUCAUCAGGUUAUUCCGUGGGGAGAUCUCGACUCACUUGCCAUGCUCCAGAGGCAGCUAGAUGUAGACAUUCUUGUCACCGGCCAUACGCACCAAUUCACUGCUUACAAACACGAGGCUGGAGUUGUCAUCAAUCCAGGAUCUGCCACCGGUGCCUUCAGCAGCAUCACUUAUGAUGUCAACCCAAGCUUCGUCCUCAUGGAUAUUGACGGCCUACGAGUUGUGGUGUACGUUUAUGAACUUAUAGACGGAGAGGUAAAGGUUGACAAAAUUGACUUCAAGAAGACAACAACGCCAACAAGCUUGCCUCACUGAGAGAAGACGACACCUCACCUGGAUGCAUUCAUCGGAGCAUAAUGGUCAUGAGUUCAGUUGUGUAUUCUGCAUUAGGAAUUCGGUAACAUGUUUUCAUUUGAUCUUUUUGUUUUUAAGAUUGGUAUUGGGACAUGCCUUGGUUUGAAUUGAUGUUUGAUCUGAUGAGUAUAAUGUAUUACUGUAUUUCUCCAACUUGGCAGUUUUUCACCACUAGAAUAUACAGCCUAAGACAGUUUUUAAUAAAGUCUGUAUUCAACA